GGUUCCGAGACAGAGAGAGAGAGAGAGAGAGAGAGAGAGAGUCCUACAACUACAACUAUAAUGACGUCGUCUUCGAGGGAGCUCCGUUCUCCAUCCUCCUCCGUUUCUCUCCCUAAUCUCUCUCUCUCUCUCUCUUAGGGUUAGGGUUUUAAGGUCCAGCUCUGCAACCUCCACGAACGAUGGAGGCGGCGGCUGCAGGGGGGUGGCGGCGCCGACCCUGCGACUACUGCGGCGAGGCCGCGGCGGCGCUCCGCCUCUCCGCCGCCCCCCUCUUCCUGUGCCCUAGCUGCGACCGGGACCCCUCCGCCGCGAAGGUCGCCGUCGACGGCUUCUCCGGGUGCCCCACGGCGCUCGACCUCGCCGCCGCGUGGGGGCUCGACCUCGCGGGCCCCCGCGACCCGCUCUUCCCCGAGCUCGAUUACGCCAUCCUCGCCGUCGAUCCCGCGUUCCGCGACCUCUACGUCCCCUGCGUCGCACCCCCCGAGAUCGCCCCUUCGCCUACUAAGAAGCAUCUUCUGCAGCAGCAGCAGAAGGGGGAGGAGGAGGCGCUGCUCCAGCAGCUGGUGGAGAUGGCGAAGAGGGAGGCGACAUCUUCAGCGGCGACGGAUGGCUCCGUGCCGUCCGAUCUGAGCCCUAGGACGCCGCACCGGACCAGCGGAGGCGGCGUCUGCCACUUUGCGGAGGAGCAGGAGCACUUGCCGUUGCCGUACACCUCCUUGCUCAUGCUCCCACCAUCGGAGCGCACGGAGCUCAGAGGAAGCGAUCGGCUCAUCGAGGAGGAGGAUGAUGGUGAUCUCUUGUGGGAUUGUGCCCCCCCGACCUAUCAUUCCACUCAGAUAUGGGAUUUUAAUUUGGGAAGAUCAAGGGAUCAUAAUGAAUCUUCUGCUCUUGAAAUGGAAUAUGGCAGCAGCAGCGGAACUUUCAUGAUAAAAAAUUAUAAUGAUGUUCUCAAGGAAAGCUCCUUCGCAACUACAAAAUUUUUAGAAGACAUCUAUGAUACAAGGUGUCCAGCAAAUGAGGAUAUCUUGUCAUCUAACAUCUGUCACAUAUCAUCCCAAAAUCUUAUAGUAAAACCCUCAAGCAAAUCAAAGGCCAGUUCAAGCAAUUCCAUGAUCGACGGGGCGACGACCUCUGGAAACCCCAUUUCAGCUAUUCUCAGACCAUUAGCUCCUGAAACUGGUGGUGGUGUGAGACAAAUUUCUUUUGGCGAACAGCCAGUUAUUACAGGUACGCCAAUUCAACCUACUAAGAAGAUCGACAGCGAGUUCCUGGCUCAGAACAGAGGCAAUGCCAUGUUGCGAUACAAAGAGAAAAGGAAAAAUCGCAGGUACGAGAAGCACGUUCGGUAUGAGUCGAGGAAGUUGAGGGCCGACACGAGGAAGCGAGUGAAGGGCCGGUUCGUGAAGUCUGCGGCAGUUGUCGAUGCUGGAAGUGGAGGUUGAAACUGGAAAGAGGCCCUCCGUGAAGUAGUGAACUUCAGACUGUGAAUAUGCGUGCGGCUUGUUUUGCUCACACCAGCGAAGUUAUGCGAUGAAAAGUUCCCUUUUUUGGCCACUGAUGAUAUUUUGUUUGUUGUAAUACGGUUGUCGUUUCCAGGCAUAUUACCACCUACCUGGAAGAAAUAACACAUUAUAUACAGUGAACACGAAUGUAAUGUGAGUUUAAUUUUUACUGCUUUACCUUCUCGUUCAACCUAAUAUCAAUAGCAGUACUUGCAUGAGCAUUCUUUCUGCAA